AUGAAGGUUACGGAGGCGACGAUUUACGUGAAUGGUCAGGCCAUGAUCAAGGCUCGUCAUGGUGAUGUGAAGGUGAAACGGUCUGGGGGACAGUCAGUGGUUCGUAUCGAAACCCCAUGUCUGCUGCACACGACGUCAAAUCUGGCGGUGGUUGCUGUUUCUACCAUUCCAUGUCGUGUGGUAAAUAGUAGGUUUGUGGAACGACAUGUUACUCGUGAGGCACUCGUUGAGUUGAUGUCUCCAGACGUUAAGGAGAUCUACAAUGAUCUCAAGCAGUCCUUGCGCAAACACGCCCUUACUGCAAGCCGAAUUAGGUCUCUUGAGAACAAGAAGAACGUGUUGGAGAAACUGUGUUCCAACAUGGUGGACCCAAGAACCCUUUCCUGCACCAUGAGACCCGGAUUCGGAGGCCCAGGGUUUGCGGGCCCAGGUUGCGGAGGUCCAGGGUUUGGGGGUCAGGUAGGCAUGCGUGGACCAUGGCCGUUUCGAGGAGGACUUACUGCUGACCCGUCCGGUUUCAAACCCUGGCACAACCACGGACCCGGUUGGCAGGACGGUGAACCGCAGGGUGUUGAACCGCAGGACGGUGAACCGCAAGGUGUUGAACCGCAAGUCGGAGAAGGUCCGACCAGUGAGCUGAAGAACGGAGAAGAGGGUGAGUAUGAAGAGUGUCAGUGUGAAGAAGGCGAAUGUCAAGAAGGUGGGAACGCAGCUGAGACGGGCGUUGUGGUCGAGACGGGCGUCGAACCCGCGAUCCUGUAA